AAGCAAAUAGGCUGUUUAUAUUUUUAAAUAAAUGUAUUUUGAAUACGCCCAUGUUCAACACCACGUCUAAACGCACCACUUGCAAUUCUUGCCAUGUACUCAAAAACAGCUGAUAUAAAUCUUGGCGCCAAAAAAAAGUAAACAUCAACAAACACAUUAGCCAGAAGGCAGUAAGAAGUUGUGCAAAAUUCAACAAUAGUAUGAGCAAAUCAAAUAAAAUGUUUGCCGAUAAGGCAUUUGAAUUGAUAAAAGACUUGGAAAGGUCUUCGCAGACAAUACCCCCAUUCGAUGAUGAUGGUGUGCGGCAAGUUUUGGAAGAAAUCAAAGCAAUAUUUGAUGAGAAUUGUGCACAGGCAGCAAAUUAUUCAACUUCAGGUGAUCGAACACUGUGGCCUCUUUUGAAUUUUCGGCAUGCAGCUCUUCAACGAAAUAAACGAUGCCUUCUCACCUACUUGCACCAACGUUUGCAGCGCAUCAAGGCCUUACGUUGGGAGUUUGGCCCCAUUAUCCCACCAGAUAUCAAAACAAAUCUGUGCGAACCAGAAGUAACAUUCUUUAACAAAUACUCCAAAUCUUUAGCAUCAUACAUGCGUUCAAUUGGUGAUGGUCAAGGUAUUGACCUAACAGGCGAUCUGAGGCCUCCAAAAUCAUUGUACAUAGAGGUGCGAUGUGUUGAAGAUUUUGGCAAAUUUGAAUUAGAAGAUGGUGAAGUCAUAUAUCUGAAAAAGAACAGUCAACAUUAUUUGCCACGUUCACAGGUUGAGACGUUGGUGCGCCAAGGUAUUCUUCAGCAUAUUGUUUAGUUAUAUAUACAAUAAAUGUUAGUUUUUUUUAUAAAU